CACAGAUCAUGGAGUCCUGGAAGAGUCACGUGCGGGCAGAGCUGUUUCACAGAGACUGCAGGCAGAGAGAUCCUUUCUCUGGCCUGUUUGACAAAGUGUCCAGGCUGGAGGAGAUGCUGACCUUUCACACGAAACUCAGUUCCAAAGAUAAUGGAAGCUCUAGAUGCCCCGAUGAAGGAGGCACCCUUUAUUUGAGAGUGAAUGAGAUGGAAUUUCUUAAUCAACAGCUCAAGCAGAAAAUCUCAGAUCUGACUGGCAAUAUAUACCUGAAGGAGGCAGAGUUACAAUACUGUCACUCACAAGUUGCCCGCUACAGGACCGAAGCGGUUGUAUUGGCCCAGGGGGCUUCCAGUCUGAAGGCUGAUCUAGAGGAAUAUGAGGAUCAGCUGGAGUGUCAAUCAAAGGAACUGACAGCACUGAGACUGGAGCACAGCUCACUCAGAGAGGAGCUGACGGCCGCAAACCUCCAGAACGAGCAGCUCCUCGACCGCUGGUUAGAGGAGAAGAAAGAGGAGGCUGAGAGGAUUAAUAAAUAUAAUGCAACACAAGAAAGAUGGCAACGUUUGGCAGAUCGACUGAAGAAGCGGUAUCGAGUCAGAUCUCGCGCAGCGUGUGCAGCCGACAAACCGACAGAAUCCAAAACUUAGCGACCUCCUUCUUAUGACUUGAUUAUCUAUGAAUGUUAAUUUGAUGUUUUUGGCAAUUUUUCUAUGCUUUUGGAGCUUAUUUCACACACACACGAACGAUAGUAAGUACACUUGAGAGCAAACACACUGAAUUUUCUUCCUGUUAAUAUUCUUAACAUCCAUAUUUAAUAACACAGUGACACAGCCAUGUUGUAUUUCUAUU